ACUCAUCUUAUCUCUUCGUCGUCGCAGCGUCCUCCCGAGUUCCGAGCGUACUCCCCGUUUUCUCUGCCUCCUCCUCGAUGGACGCUCUUUCUGGGUAAGAUGAUGACAGUGACGAAGAAAGAAUCGGACAAAAUUAGGGAUCAAGAACCACGCCGGCCCGAUUCCUGGAUCGAGAUCUCCGGCUCCCACGCUCAAAUCUGCCGCUUCGACGCCCAUCACGGCCAUCUCUCUGUGAGGGUUGCUGAUGACUCGAGGCCCCUUGUUCGUAGAGUGGUUGAAUCUUUUUUGAACAAGUUUUUCCCUUCAGGUUAUCCGUACAGUGUGAACGAAGGGUACUUGACUUACUCUCAGUUCCGGUCGCUGCAACAUUUUACAAGUGCUGCAUUAUCCGUGCUUUCGACGCAGUCGCUCCUAUUUGCUGCAGGCUUGCGACCUACUCCUGCUCAGUCAACUGCUGUUAGCUGGAUUCUAAAAGAUGGGAUGCAACAUGCUGGGAAAUUGAUAUGUAGCAGAAUGGGUGCGAGAAUGGAUUCAGAGCCAAAAAGCUGGAGAAUAUUGGCUGAUGUGCUAUAUGAUUUUGGUACUGGUCUGGAAGUUAUUUCGCCUUUGUGUCCACAUCUUUUCCUGGAAAUGGCUGGCCUGGGGAACUUUGCCAAGGGAAUGGCCGUUGUUGCAGCAAGGGCAACAAGGCUCCCAAUUUAUUCUUCCUUUGCCAAAGAAGGUAACCUUAGCGACCUGUUUGCAAAAGGGGAGGCCAUCUCAACCCUGUUUAAUGUUCUUGGAAUGGGGGUUGGUAUCCAACUAGCAUCCACAAUUUGUUCAACAACUCAAGGAAAGUUGAUUGCAGCUCCUCUUCUAUCUGCCAUACAUAUUUACAGUGUAGCAGAAGAAAUGAGAGCUGCCCCUGUGAACACAUUGAAUUCCCAGAGGACGGCUAUGAUUGUAGCGGAUUUUCUUAAGACUGGGAAAAUAUCGAGCCCAGCUGACUUGAGAUACCGAGAGAACCUCGUCUUUCCUGAUCGCCUAAUAGAAGAAGCAGGAAGCGUGAAGGUCGGGCAACCACUCCGUAAAAUUGUUGAGAACCCUUCAAAGCUGGAGGAAUUGAGAGAAAUAAUUCCUAAUGAGAAGUUUAUCAUCAGUCGUAAGACCAAGCACACUGACAUGAUUCUGGAGCACGGUGCAUCUGGCGAAGAUGCGUUGAGGGGUUGGUUGAUGGCUGCUUUCGCUGCGGAGAUGCAGAAAUCAUCUGCUGGGCCGAAGCGGGAUGUUAUGGGCCUGGCCCAUGAGCAGAUGGAGAGCGUAUUUCCCUCGUUCAUAUCUGAAGUGAAGAAGAGAGGAUGGCACACUGAUCGGUUCUUGGAUGGGCUUGGUAGCCGGUACGCAUUUUAGUUUUUAGUUAUCUGAAGCUUUUAAGAAGUGAGGAUGGCAGACUGAGGGGUUCUUGGAUGGGCUUGGUA